AUGCCUGUGCACCACAAGAAGAAGCUCAUGCCCAAAUCGGCAUUGCUGAUUAGAAAAUACCAGAGGGGAAUCAGAGCAUCUUUCAUAGGGCUCAUCUUGGUUUUGUCCGUUUUAUUCUUGAUGAGUGGCUCAAAACCAUCAGAGGUGCUAAUAACUCAGAGCCCAAGCACCAGUCAAGUGGCUAAAAAGGAUUAUCAGAUGCCAUUUACAGACAAGUCACAGGAUGUAAUUCAUCCGAUGGACGAUGGCAAGAAAGAAAAGGGUGUUAUGGUCACGCUAGCUAGGAAUUCUGACUUAUGGAAUCUGGUAAAAUCCAUCAGGCACGUCGAAGAUAGAUUCAAUAAUAGAUACCAUUACGAUUGGGUGUUUUUGAAUGACGAGCCGUUCAACGAUGAGUUUAAACGUGUCACUAGUGCGUUGGUUUCUGGUAAAACGAAGUAUGGGACAAUUCCAAAAGAGCAUUGGUCCAUUCCACCUUCGAUCGAUAUCAACAAAUUCGACAAGAAAAGAAAAGAAAUGGGUAAAUUGGAUAUUCCGUAUGGAACCUCCGUGCCUUACCGACACAUGUGCCGUUUCCAAUCGGGGUUCAUAUGGAGACAUGCACUACUGGAUGAAUACGAGUGGUUUUGGAGAGUGGAUACCGACAUCACGUUAUUUUGCGAUAUCGAGUACGACAUAUUCAAGUUUUUGAAAGUAAAUAAAAAGAAAUAUGGGUUUAUUCUUUCUUUAAGUGAGUAUGAAGGCACAAUUCCGACCCUGUGGAAAACUACAAAGGAGUUUACAAAGAAAAACCCCAAGUUUUUGAACAAGAAUAACCUCAUGAACUUCAUUUCUGAUGACGAUGGUGAGACAUACAAUAUGUGUCAUUUCUGGACUAACUUCGAAGUAGGCUCUCUGGACUUUUUUAGGUCAGAUGCAUACACGCAAUACUUUGACUACUUAGACGAGUCUGGUGGUUUCUUUUACGAAAGAUGGGGCGACGCACCAGUGCAUUCCAUCGCUGCCUCUUUGUUUUUGGACAAAUCAGAAAUCCAUUUCUUCGACGGCCUUGGAUUUCACCAUCCAGAUUUCACGUCCUGUCCCAUCGAACAAGAGAUCAGGCUACAAAACAAGUGCAUCUGUGAGCCAAGAAAAGACGUUACCUGGGGGACUUCCUACUUCUGUACCAGGAAAUAUUUUUCAGCGGGACACUACAAGCUUCCUCCUGGCAUCUAA